AUGAGUUCAUCUUCAUCUCCAAAACCAUGCAAAGAGACAGACGAGCAUGCCAAACAGCAGACACUACCACAUCUUCCGUCUCUUUCCUCGCUUCUUCAUUCGUCAGACUCCAGAUCGCUCCCUCUACCUCGAAGGGAAUUAAUGAAUGUGCUACCGGUUGGCGAAACUUCAACCUCAUCGGUAACACUUCCUCCAAUUAAGUCAUCCAUUUUGAGUUCGGCUGCUACAGUUAAUGAUACACCAGUGAAAAGAUCAAACUCAUAUGCUGGGACAUCUUCCCCACAAAUGUGCAAUUCUGACAAAGAGUCAGUGAAAUCGGAACCAAAGUCCGCUCCGCAAGCACAAGAAAAUGCCACUCCUUUGGAUAGGAAUGCAUGUAAAACGGAUAAAAUUUCAAAGGACAGCAAUAGCAGUGUCUUAGAAUUGACACCAAAGCAUAAGACUUCGGCCGUUGCACGCAGAAAUGCUGCUGACAAUAACGAGGAUGCAUCUGUUCAUGCUGCAAGCCAGCACACCGCACAGGGUAGCUUUUAUCUGCCAAAUAGCACAAUGUAUUAUCCAUAUCCAAUAACUGCUUCCCCGCUUUCUAGCCACCAACAAAGGCAGAACUCGUUUAUUUACCAGUCGGCACACCCAAUGACAUUCAUUUCACCUCCACCACUUCAAAUGUCGUCGCCCGUUGCAAUGAGAGUUGCUCCCCAUCCUCCACAACCUGGAAUGGUCCCAAUAAGUAUGAGGAUGCCUAUGAGAAUAAGUCCAAAUACUACAAGCCAAUUUAGCGUUAUGCAAUCACAACAAACAAGUACGCCAAACACUUCCAGAGCUGGCUCUGUGGUAUUUGGAAUGCCACCGGAGGUUGCCACUUCUCCUUCGAUGCGUAAAAGAAAGAGACCAACACCGGUGAAAAAGUAUGCUUUCAUUUCGCACAGUCCAGCCACCUUCCUCUCAUCAGAGCCUAGCAUUGAUAACGCACGACUAGCAAGGAGGAAGAGAAGAAGAACAUCGCCUGCAGAGCUGGCAAUUUUAAAAGCGGAGUUUAAAAAGGGUACCACUCCUAAUAGAGCAAGAAGGAAAGAGAUUGCCGCCAGGGUCGACAUGACGGAGAAGGCUGUGCAGAUAUGGUUUCAAAACAGGAGACAGGCCCUCCGGAAGCACAAAGUGGUGAAGAAGAUGGUUGUUGAGGUUCCCCAGAGGGAGGAACUUGAUAAAUGUGUUCUUGCUGGUCAAACAACCGCGCACGAUAGUGUUACAGAUGAUGGCAAUGCUACAGUUACAGAUUCUGCGCAGACAUCUCCGGCCACUUCGCCAUCUAGAGCAGACCGUACGUUCAUUUCACUCACAAAUUCUAGUUCUGCAAACAUUUCUUCCAUGACCACCUCACCUCGGAACUCUACAAUUCUCCCUGCCUCACCUAUGCCUGUUGCCAAAUCAACUCCUACUUCACACGAAGUUACUAAGUUACCGCCAAAAGGAGUAUUUGUGACACCUUCGAAAAUCGGCAAAUCGAUACCAGCCACUUCAUCUUCCUUUAAUAACAACAGCUUCAACUCUCUGGGAAGAGUGCGCUCACCAAAAGUGGCACACGAUGGAAGUACACCUCUAACGUUCAGAUUCAGAACAACAGAUUUCUUCAUGAUGAAUCCAUCAAAAUCCAUGAAAAGAAAACAGAAACCAACAAUGAGGGUGAAUCCACACAUAUCAGGCAAGGCCAAAACCUCUGUUCUUCAGGAUAAAACGAACAUUACCAAUAAUACAAAUAAAACGAAAGGUAUAACCGGGAAAAUCCACAGAUCUUCUUUACGCAGGGCCAGGAAGCCGGGCCUUCAGACUGCAGGAAAUUCCAACCAAAACGCAGAAAACACUCCAAGAAAUUAA